CUCGUCCAUCGGCAGUGUAGGACUGGAGAGUGACUUGUCCAAUAUUCAGUUCAAACUUCGUGCAACGGCGACGAUCAAGAAAGAUUUGUGAAAGUACAUUCAGAACGACGGGUCCUCGCAUAUACAUCAUCAAUCGUCAUACUUUCUUGAACUACUCCUGCAGCACUGUCGCCAGUGAUACUCAUUCAAGGAUGAUUAGAACGACAUUACUGUUACUAUAUCUGAAGGUUGGGUAGAGCUCACCCAUCAUAGCACAAGCUUCUGGUAUUGGGCUUGUUUCUCGUUACAUCGAACACCUUUUCUCAGCUGAGGGCGUGGUCAGAGACUAGCCGUUUUGUUAUGAAUCAAGUGCUACAUUUGCAACUAUCCCGACUAGUACCAACGCAGUGCUCUGCCACUCCUGAUAUUUUUGGUCAAAACUCCUCCACAUACAAUGCAUGACAUUUGCCAUUUGGAUAGCGACUGGUUUAUCAAUGCACUCGCUACCUGUCUUAUCAUUGGUCUCGUCGUAUCCUAUUGCCCACAGCACCUCCGAAUAAUUCAGAUGAGCUCUUCCGAGGGCUUUAGCCCGUGGUUCUUGCUACUUGGUAGUACGUCUUCUGCCGCGGGAAUGCUUAAUAUGAUCGCAUUAUCUUGGCCUACUAUUCAGUGCUGUAAUGAUGUGGUGCGUUCCGCGGUGAUUUUGCCUGCUUGGCGCCACUGAGAAUCUACGACUUGUCAGAGCGUGGGGAAAUGCCUAGAAAUCACUG